UUCAUAGCUGGUGCGUCUUAACAGAAGAAAUAAAAACAACCAACAUGGCGUAUUACAGGAAAUUGUUUACUGCAAGCUUAAGAUGCGCAUCCACCUGGUGUGUGUACGGUCGUGGCCUGGUGACAGCUUCACUGGCCCGGGAAAGACUUUCAAAGCUCUCCUCGGCUAUGAAGAAAAACUGGAUUUCUCUGAGUGUGGCAGGUGCCAUUUGUGCAGUCCCUAUCGCUCAGGUGGAUGUAUCACAUGAGGCCCUGAUUAAAAGAGCAUCGUCUCUUGUCACAGACAGUGCCAACACCUACCUUUCUCAGACCACAUUAGCACUUGUAGAUUCGCUCACACAAUAUGCCAAGGCCGUCCGCAUGCUCGUGGCCCUCCACAGACGCUACGAGGCGUCGGCCACCAGACUGACCCCUGCCGACGAGGAGGCCGUGUGGCAGAUCCUCGUCCAGCAGCGUGAGGAGGUGAGCAUUCGCAAGGAGCAUUGUAAACGCUUCGAGUCCAACUGGAUGACGGCCAUAAACCUGUCUGAGCUGGCAGCUGAGGCGGCGUACAACGCAGGAGCAGACCAGGCGUCGGUGGCGGCCCGCUCUAGUCUGGACCUUGCCCAGUCUCAGGUGGAGCACGUGCGCCAGGUCUCGCUGCAGGCAGAGAAAGACCUGGGUGAGGCCAAGGCGUUGGAGAGUCUGAGGGUCGAGCCCUCUGCAGUCCCGUCCGCGGCCGACGAGGACGAAGAGAUCCCAGAGGCCUACCUCAGAGAGGACUGAGAGACACUUUCAUGGCCAGUUUUCCACAUGUGGACUAGUCCCAGGCUAGAAGCGCACUUCAAUGAAAAUCUCCACUAAUAAAAGAUUUUAGUCUAGGACUAGUCCAAAUCUCCACCAAUACUCCUAAUCCAUGGGCUGAAGGCUGGCGGAAAGACAGAUCUGGGGUCCAGGAGGAACCUGAGCCUUUGGUUCUUCAUAUGCUCUGGUGAGGGUGGGGGGAGGUGUCGGCUUGGUAAGGGCUCCUAAUUGACUCCAGGAGUGUAACUCCAGAAACUACAAUCACAACAACAGAAAAGCUAAAUAAAUGAAAGCUUUCUGUAAAGUUUUCAAAUCAGGACUUGAAUAUAACAUGAUAACAUGAUGGGCCCCACGGAUCCAGGCCAGAAGCUUUGGUUAAAUGUUCUGUUGAAUUCCAUAGCUGCACAGUAGAUUGGACAAUCUUACAUCCUGAUGACAUCAGAACAUUUUUGCUUGAUAGUUUGUCAUUUUUCUUUGGUGAAUCGUGCAAUCUUUGCAGACUUUUGAUGUUGUGUAACUGAAUGUCGCUGUUUUGUCUUGUCACCAAGGAAACGUUGCGUGAUGCGGACGACCAUGGGGGGUAAAGGGAUCAACACUUUAAGGUGUUUUUCUGAACAGCACUGAACCAAGUAAACUUGAUUCAACUAGAUUCCUGCAAAUCAUGUGUGCCUUGCCUCACACAUUUGUAAAAUUGAACAUUGUCAAUAAAAGUCAUUGAAAAGUU